AAGAACAGCUUCAUCAAGCGAUUCAAGAUGAACGGGCAGUUAAAAUCCAAGGGGGCUGUGGAACCCCAAGGAAGCAGCUCCAGCCCUUUGCCUGCCUUCCUAAUGAAGCUGUGGACCAUGGUGGAAGAUGAGGACAGCAACCACAUCAUUUUCUGGGGUGCGGGUGGCUCCAGUUUCAUUGUGUCAGAUCAGGCACUGUUUGCCAAGGAGGUGCUGCCCAAGUACUUCAAACAUAACAACAUGGCCAGCUUUGUGCGUCAACUGAACAUGUAUGGCUUUCGGAAGGUGGUGAACCUCGAGCACGGCGGGUUGAUGAGUCUGAAUCAUGACUUCAUCGAGUUUCAGCACUCUUAUUUCCUGCGGGGACAAGAGCACCUCCUAGAUUUCAUCAAGCGCAAGACUCAGGCCCCGGCGUCAAAGAACGAGGAGCCACGGCUGCAGCAGAUGGGUAUUAACCAGCUGCUGAAUGAGAUGCGGAUGCUGCAUGGGUAUUUUAGCUUGUCCAAGAGCCAGCUUAAAGCCCUAAAAGAGCAGGUAGAAUGCCUGUGGCGGGAGAUCCUACUUCUCAGGCAGAACUGCACUCAGCAGAAGGAGUUCAUCAGAAAGCUGAUCCUGUUUGUAUUUGAACUGAUCCAACCCAAGAAGACCCAGAACGAGCCCAGUGGGGUCAAAAGAAAGCUGUCCUUGGAGGUGGGCACGAGCAACUCAUACUAUGAUGAAGCUGGGGCUAGCCAGCCCCCAGCUGAGGAGCAUCACCCUGGCCCUUCUUACUUCACCCAGUCGCCAUCCGCAGAGCCCAUCCCUGGCCCCAGCAGCCAAGAGCAGAAGUUGGAACCGUUCAUCACAGAUGUGACUGAGGCUUCAUUUCUGCCUUCCCUGUUCACGCUGCCUCCGGCCCAGAAUGAGAAAGGAGAGUACCAGGAGGUCCUGGAAGGUUUGGACCUGAACCUGGAUGGCUUGCAGCAGUUGAUGAGAAGCCAGCUCUUCAGCAGCCUCUUCACAGAAAGUGAGCUGAACUUAAUGAUGGACAUCAGCAUGCCCUCGGACCAGGUGCACACUGAGAAUACGGAAGGAGAUGUAGCUGGCACGGAGCCCCCCUCGUUCAGUUCAGGAAGGCAACCGGGGAGCAUGGGCAACGCCAAUGAGAAGCCAUCGGAAACUAUUCAGCGGGAGCGGAAGCGACUGGUGCAGACGCUUCAGGAGGACUCGGGGCUGCUGCUGGAUGGGCUGCUGGCCCGGGGUGUGCUGAUCGAGCCUGAGUACGAGGUCUUGGAUGCCAUUCCUGACCCUGAGCGCAGAGUCCGCCGCCUGCUGCUCUUGGUGCAGCAGAAGGGGGAGUUUGCCUGCCGGGAGUUGCUGGAGUGUGCGGCUCAGAAACAGCCUGACCCCUACUGGGAUUGGCAGCAAACGGGGCAUGGAUAUGGCAACCCGGACAGAAGAUGGGACUCCCCAAGCGUGGAAGACAGGAGGGUGGACGUGCCUAUGUUCCCGGAGGAUCAAGGGGCAGAGAUGCUGACGCCCACCAAGAUUUUGGAGGAAACCGAGAUUGAGGAGCCCCUCCAAUCAAGAUUCCUGGAGGAUAUGGAAAAAGUGGAUGAAGACUUGCCUGAAAUCUUAGAGGAGGAGAUCAAGCCCGAGGACCCAGAGGUAGAGGGAAGCCUGGAUCUAGAGGUCGACUUUGAAGAAGCUGAAGAAGGAGGAGAAGAAGAAGAUUCCUAAUUAAGUUGCCAGAACAAGACUUCCUAAGGAUCCUGCCCCUCUCUCAGAGGAGUGAAGUAUUUUUUGGUUGUAUAUCCCCAAACCCUUUUCUGCCUGGCCAUAGAGUCCCUGCCUAGGGCACUUAGUUCAUGAGUUCUCUCCAAAGGUAUGAUAAUGCGCUUCAGCUUCCCAAGCGCUUUCAGGUACCUGAUUUGGGCCUCAAAUUAUCUCAAGUAACGUCCUGAUGAGGCUCCUUUCCUGAGCCCCAGUUUCCCCCUCCCUGUGGAAUGAAUACCAAGAAAUUGGUGGUGGGAGAGAGGUAGUGUGCCAGAGGCCACUGCUCUAAUUUUUGACCAUUUGACCGAUUGCUCAACUGUCUGACAUGAAUAAACUUCAGUCGUUA